ACACAGUUAUUUCAGGCAGUUUCUGUUGAUGUAGAAGCUAAUCAGGGUUUAGCUACACCAGUAGCAUCACGACGAGUUUCUAACGGUGUUGUGCAAACAUUGACAAGAAUGAGGAUUCAGCAGUGUUUUAAAGCUGCCAAGCCAAACAUCGGGCAGUCAAUACUGAAACGAGCUUGCGCAUUACGGAGUGAGAUGCGCACAUUUCUAGCAAGGUUGUCCAACGAAAAAGUAAAACUGAUCUCCAAAAAUUUUGGUGAACGUUUGGCACGUUUAUCGAGCGUUGGCUUUCGACCUGACUAUUUGACACCGAUUGCUGAUGCUGCGAUUGCAGAAUGCGUAAAACUUGAUGGAGGAGCUCAUAAGCGCUGUGAAACGCUGUCGGCAUGGAGUCAGUUAAUUGCCGUGAUGUUCACCAACGUUCGUGAUGGGUACUAUGAGAUGAUGCGACGACAGCGUCGAGUCAGCUUUGUUUUGGAUAAAUGUAAUACUUCUUUUUUUUCCCUUUAA